ACAUAUUAAAAAAUCAGCUGACCUGAAAUUCUUUCUCGAAAACGUUGCUAGCUCCUAUACUAUUAGUACAUAGCAAGGCCUUAGAUUUCUAGGUAUUACGUUUACUGCCUUGAGUACAUAGGUCAAUUGGGUUAGCUUUAGCUACCUUUGGGGAGCCUGCUUGCUAUUUUACUGAGUUUUCUUUUACCGUUUUCUUGUAUUUUUUUUCUUGCGAAUUAACCUGCUGCGUAAAUAAGAAUUGGUAAUAUUUGGGAUAUAAGUGACUUAUUUCCUCUGCUAAAAACAUUUGAAAUGGGUGAAUUAAGAGCUGUGAUCAAACUGGCAAUCUUAACUGUGGUUAAUGGCCAUUUUAUAUUUGAUGAGGAAGAUGAGGAUGAGGGCAACCACAAACAGGCAACAAUUCUGGAAAAAAUUGAGAACUUUGCUGAGGUAACUGUUCCUCAGUUUUCUGACAGGCAGUUUCAACAACAUUUUAGGAUGUCCCCAACUACUUUUGAGGACUUGCUUGAAAAGCUGUCGGUGGUAUUUCAUAAUAGGCCUGAUGGUCCAGGACGGUUUCCUGUUCCAAUGGAAAAACAGGCUAUGAUUGCUCUAUGGUGCUUGUCCAAUUUGGAAAGCUUUCGUUCUGUGGGGGAUAGAUUUGGUAUCUCUAAAUCUACAUGUUGGGAUGUCCUUUAUAGGACCUGCCAUUCUAUCCUAGCAUUAAAUCAGCAUUUUGGCAUAAUAGCCUGGCCUACUGGAGAAAACGCAUUAGGAAUUAUCAGAUGUUUUCAAGAAAUUAGCAGAUUUAAAGGUGUUCCAGGAUGUAUUGAUGGGAGUCAUAUUAAAAUAUUGCCACCAAAAAAUUAUCCAAACUCUUACUGCAACAGAAAAAGUUUUCAUUCUGUGUUAUUGCAAGGUGUUUGUGAUAAUAAAAGAUUAUUUACCCAUGUUUAUGCGGGCGAGCCAGGAUCAAUACAUGAUAAUAGGCUCUUUGAAAAGUCAGAUUUGUACACAGGAAUGGAAAAUGGAGAUAUAACUUUUCCUGCCGACAGUCACAUGCUUGGUGACUUGGCCUAUCAGUUAAGGUAUUGCCUUCCAGUUGGUUUUAAAGAUCAUGGGAAUCUGACAAAUAGACAAAAAAUUUUAAUUUAAAAUUAUCACAAACAAGAGCAGCAAUUGAAAAUGCAUUUGCCCUACUGAAAGGGAGGUUUCGUAGGCUUAAGUUUAUGGAAACUGUAAGGUUAGAUUUGAUAUGUUUAUUGAUUGUAUCGGCAUGUAUAUUGCAUAAUAUAUGCAUUCUCAAAGGGGACAAUCCUGAACAUCUAUUUAAUUUGGAAGAAGAAUUGGAGGAAGAGAGAAGAGUUAAUGGCGCAAACAUUUUGGAGUUACCUCAAAACAAUCAACCCGCUUUAGAAAAGAGAGCAAAUAUUAUGAAUGGACUACCACUGGAUGUACAGUUUCUAUAAAUUCCAAAAUGCAACAUUCAAAUUUUAAUUUAAAUUAACAAUUGAAAAUUGGAAAAUAUUAAAAUGUUUAUCUCCUAACUAGUUUUGUGUAAUAUCUGCUGACAUCCCUGCAUUUGCGAAAAUAUUUUAAAAAUGUAGAUUAGCACUUCCUAUGGCUUUAUAUGUAACCCAAGCGUGUAUGACAG